GUAAAGCUUCCAGUCUGCCACAAUUGCAAAAGAAGCAGCAGAGGAAGAAAAAUAAGCGUAAACCGUACACAAGAUGGCGGCCUGCUUCACCCUCCAGUCCACCGUGUUCUGCGGAGUGCUUCGAGGAACCUUCAGGUCCCCGGGACAUCCUUUCGCUGCUGUCGGACUUAGGUUGAUUAGUAAUGCUUCUCCAGAAGAAAAAAAGAGUGUGAUAGUAGAAUCUACGGAAGAAUACAAGUUCGUAGAGCGACUCAUCCCGCCGUCUCGGGUCCCCGAUCCGCCUAAACACGCCGGUACCACCCCGUCCGGCUGGACCCCCCCGGCAGAUUCACCGCCGCCUCUGCCCUACAUGAUCCGCCGCUCUCGCAUGCACAACAUCCCGGUUUACUGCGACCUGACCCACGGCAGCCGCAAGACAACGCUUGUACGGAAAGUGGAGGGGGACAUUUGGGCUUUGGAGAAGGAUGUGAAGCAAUAUCUGAAGGAGGCGAUGGGGAAAGAGCUGCCUACUCAGGUCAACGAGGUCACCAUGACCUUGAAGGUCAAAGGUCACGUGGAUAAUGAGCUGAAGGAAUGGUUGCUCAGUAAAGGCUUCUGAUUCUCUAGGACUGUCACGUCAUCAUGCUCGGGGCAGAGAGCUGUCCAUGUGGAGAUGGAGAGGACCGGUGGCAUGUGUCUACACCUUGAGACAUCGUCCUACAGUACUUUAAAGCCUAUUGCUGCCACAUUGUUGAACCUUCUUAGGACACCAGAGAGACCUUGAAGAUAUGGAAUCAAACAGUGUACAUACGUGUAUGUAAUGAAUCAAAUAUUAAAUAUAAAAGCAUAGCCUUAAUACAUAACCUGUUAUGUAUUAUUACUCUGUUGAACCAGUCAGAGGCAGGGAUAGAUGUCAUAUGCACGAGACACAGCUUUGUUUACCUUGAGUGAUUGUCCUCAAACUUCAUAAGUGUGCAGUCCUUUUGAGUUUUCUUCAUGAGAUGGUUUGGCUUCCCUGUGAAGGCCAAUGUGAUGUCAUUGUAUCCAUCCAUAAGAUGUUCCAUUGUAAAUGAUCCAAAACAGCAGACAAGUUUCAAAUCCUUAAAAGAACAAACCAGUGACAUCCUUAAAUAUUAAAAAGGCAUUGAAUUCAUUAAUCCCAAAAAAAUAAGCCCUUAAUUAGUAUUAAAAUGUCUUAAAUCAAUCUUCAAUAAGUCUAAUAGAAGUCUUCUAUAAGUAUAAUUUUAUAUAUAUUGUUUUUGGACAUUGAAAUUUUAAAUCUCAAUUGAUAACUUUAAUAUAAUUGACUGAAUUCCUCUUGCGUUAACGUCAUGCGGAUGAGGACAGUGGUUUUAAGAUGCAGUCUUCUAACUAGCAAUGACAUGGGUUAAUCUUUUACGUUCAAAUAAAUAUUUAGACAAAAUGGUGCUUAACACUAAGUAAUUGUGUUUUCUUCAAUUUUGGUUAUUUCAAAGUUUGUCUUGAACUUCAUUCCAUUAUAAGGUCUUGAAUGUCUCUUGCCUUACGCUGUAGCAACCCUGAACAAUUUCUGCCCAACUAAUUGCUGCUGCCCUAAAAGAUAAUCACAAAAUGAGCGAAAGGAACAAUGAAUGUCAAACCUGCAGAGGUUACAAUUGAAGUUUAAAACAUUAUUUAAUACAAUAUGAACAUUUAUAUGGCGUAGUGCAAAGGACAAUACAAGUUAUGGUAAAAACAGGAUUGUUGAAUUGUUAUUUUACAAUUACUAACAAAACAAACCCACCGACAGCCUUUUGCUUAUUACUGUUGAGUCAUUCAUUAAUGACAUGAUGGAAUACAUUGUUGCCAAUAUAAUGAUGUAAAAGAUUACACACAACCUGCCCCGAUAAUAAACAGGGUUUGUUUGAAACAGUAUUCGGUCUCCAUGACACACAGAGUAAGAUGAGCACAGUUCUGCCGUCACUGGUUAACCUUUGAGAAAUCAAACAACAACUCUUCUGUUUGACUGUUAAAGUUUUAACAGCUCAGACUUUCCCAAAAUGUCUUAACAUCAUUUUAAGUGCUUUGCUCAGCAAUCAAUCAACAUUCCCCCUGAUGCUUUGAUGUUUCUGUGCACUGCAUGAUGUGAGGGAUCAGGAAUGAAACAGGGAGAAAAAGUCUCCAAUCCGCCUGGUAAGCUCCUCCAGUUGGUCCUCUGGAACAAACACAAAAGCAGGAAACAAAUAUUUAACAACGUGCAAUUAACUAUGUGCGAGUGUGCAAGGGAAAGAGACUAUUCACUUACGUAAAUUGCGCUUCUCUCCUCGGCUCCGGUAGCUAGGCUGUGUGUGUAGCUGGUUUACUUCUUCAGUCAUAGAUACAGAAGCCUCUGAUAUUUCCUUUAGCAUUUCCAACUGCUGCAAAACAAGACGCAAGCAAGAGGGAAGGGUGUCAGUGUUGGGGCUGCACCAAAUGUCUUUAUUUUUGCAUCCAAAGCUUCUACUGAGGUUUUUGAAUGUGUGACGUCAUAUUUUAUGAGGUCAUCACUCUAAAACUGAUUAAAAUUCCUCCAACAUUUUUUUAAAAUUAGAAUAAAGUGAUUAGUCGGAUUGAAGGGGUUGGUCCUAUUUUAUUAAAUCAACUUUCUUUAUUGAAUAGAAGUCGGCAGAGUGUCCCUUUGUGUGCAGCCAGUGGGAGAGCAGACAGAAUUAUGACCGCAGUGAAAAAGUUGUUUUUAUAAAGUAUUUGGUUAUAUAAAAAACAUUGUGAAUUUUGGAAGUGAUUACGUCUAUCUGUUUUCAAUAAAUGUUGACUUUUUGGGCUUUA